AUGAAGUUUCUGAUCAUUUUUCUAGUUCCUGUUCUAUUUUCAGUCGGCAUUACUUCAUCUCCACCGAACAUUGGUUCUAUAGAAGACUAUGAAGUACUAAACGAUUAUAGGCUUAUGGAUAGAAGCAAAGAUCCACAAGAAUGUUUCGACAAGGCUGAGAUAGCUGUAAGGACAACACCGGAAAACACAAUCAAACCAAUAACUGCUGAACAAGUCGAUAAGGCUGAAAUUAUCAUAAAGGAUUGCAUUGAAAAUAUUGCGAAGAACAACAAAAAAGUGGAUGAAGUGAAAGAUACUUUGAAUGAAAAACUCUUUGAAACAUUCAAAUUUCUCAAAGUUCACGAGGUUCCAUGCCAUGCAAAAUUUUCGAAUCGAAAAAAAUACCAGUGGAAUAAUUUGGAGGAUAAAGCUUGUUAUGAAAAUAGCAGACGGUCAUCAAAAGAUUGCGAAAAAGAGUGGGGAAAAGAUGGAUGUAUGAUUGAUUUGUGGAGAAAAGAAUGUGACGAAGAAGUUGUUAAAGGAUUGCGCAAUCUUAUGCCAUUUAUGAAGAAAGGUCAAGAGAAAUGUGUCGAUUUGUAUGCUCUUAAAUUUGAUGUUUAAGUUUCUAAUAAAUCAUUUUUUUUGUGCUGAAAAUCGAGGUCACAAGUUUGAGUCUUGAACAGCUGUUCAAAAAUGCAUAUAAAAGUUAACCUAUCUUUCAGUUUCAUCUGAAAAUCAACAGCUCUUUGAAAAAUCAACCAUUUUUUUCUUUCGAAACAAAAUGAAGUUCUGAAACAUUGGGAACCGAACGAAAAACUGCGAGAAAUCAUUUUAAAAUUAAAAUUAAAUAUCAAAAACUUUUCAUCUUACAUUCAGAGUCUCGAGGUUUGUUCAAUAAACAUGUGAAAAAUUUCAUGUGAGCCCAAAAAUCGUGUAUUUUUCCAGAAAAAAUCGACAAGCUCUUACACUGAAGACCGCACUCAGUCUUCAAGAUCCAACUCGAGAUCUCAUCACUCGAACUCGACUUCUGGAGGAGGAUCGAGCAGCAGCUCGAGCUCAAGAAGAGACAGAAGCUCUCGCAGAUAAUCAAAUCACUUUGUCUCUCCUAACCAUUUCUUCUGAAAACUCCUAA